UCUAGACAGUUUCUAUUUCCAUGUGAUGAAGAAUUUGACAGUCUGUUUCUUGGGAUGGGGACCAUUUCAGAAAACUCCAAGAUUUCCACAAGAAUACAGGAACCACCGCAUAAUUUGUUCUCCUAAUUAUAGGACCUUAUUAUGAUAUUACUUAUUAGUCAAUUACUAUUUAAUAUUUUUCCUCCCUCCGACAUCUCUGACUAUAAUAUAUAAUUUGUUUACAAUAUUUUAUCUUCAUUCUGCUGAACGGAGCGGUAAUCUGUGAUUAGUUUCUUGCCGCAGGUAAUGAUUGGAGUCCGAAACUUUUAGUGGUCCUUGUGUUCCGUACCAUCACAACAAUGCGACACAAUCAGUGAUAAUUAACUGAAUACCAGAGUGGUCUUUGGAAUGCUCAGAAUUCAAUGUGAUAUCAUUCUCAUCGUUGGAACUGGAGUUUAGAGUUUAGACUAGUUUUGUAGAAAGAAAUGGGUUCUGUUGGAGGGGAAGAUGCAAUUCAAGAGCCUCAUGGUCACGAAGAGAGGAUUCUUGUUUCUGUGCGGCUUCGCCCACUCAACAAAAUGGAGCUUGCGAGAAAUGAUGUUUCGGACUGGGAAUGCAUCAAUGACACUACCAUCAUAUACAGGAGCAACCUUUCAGCUCCUGACAGGUCACUCUACCCAACAGCAUAUUCAUUUGACAGUGUAUUUCGGUCAGAUUGUUCUACAAGGCAGGUGUAUGAAAAAGCAGCUAAGGAAGUUGCUCUUUCAGUUGUCGGUGGCAUCAAUUCAAGCAUUUUCGCGUAUGGACAAACAAGUAGUGGGAAGACAUACACCAUGAGUGGCAUAACUGAAUACACAGUAGCAGACAUUUUUAACUACAUAGAAAAGCACACGGAGAGAGAAUUCAUGUUGAAGUUUUCGGCAAUUGAGAUUUAUAAUGAAUCUGUUAGGGACCUCCUUAGUCCAGACUGUACUCCUCUCCGACUUCUUGAUGAUCCAGAGAGAGGGACAGUUGUUGAGAAACUGACUGAGGAAACCUUAAGAGACUGGAACCAUUUUACAGAACUUCUUUCUUUCUGUGAAGCUCAAAGGCAGAUAGGGGAGACAUCACUGAAUGAAGCAAGCUCCAGAUCUCAUCAAAUUCUAAGACUGACGAUUGAAAGUUCUGCACGUGAAUUCCUUGGAAAUGACAAGUCUAGCUCUCUUUCUUCUUCCGUGAAUUUUGUUGAUCUUGCUGGAAGUGAGCGAGCAUCCCAAACCAACUCAGCUGGCACAAGAUUGAAAGAGGGUUGCCACAUAAAUCGUAGCUUACUAACUCUAGGAACUGUUAUCCGCAAACUCAGCAAGGGGAGAAAUGGACAUAUUCCUUUCAGAGAUUCAAAGCUAACCCGCAUAUUGCAGUCCUCAUUAGGAGGCAAUGCUAGAACUGCUAUCAUCUGCACCAUGAGCCCUGCACGGAGCCAUGUUGAACAAACCAGAAACACUCUCUUAUUUGCAAGCUGUGCAAAAGAAGUGACAACUAAUGCACAAGUCAAUGUAGUGGUGUCUGAUAAAGCACUAGUCAAGCAAUUACAAAAAGAGUUGGCUAGACUGGAAGAUGAAUUGAGAAACUCGGGGCCAGCCCACCUUACAUCUGAUACUGCAGCAUUGUUGAGAGACAAAGACCGUCAAAUUGAGAUGUUAAAGAAAGAGGUAAAAGAUCUGACCUUGCAGCGAGACCUUGCACAUUCUCGAAUUAGUGACAUGCUCCAAGGGCAUGGUGGUAAUGUGUCUGCAACAGAACUGGAAAGUUUGGAUCCUCAAUAUCCAAAUUUACAUGUGAGAAAUUCAUGGAACUUUGAAAAUCAAAGAGAGGAGCCAAAUGUAUUAAGUCUUGACGGUGAAGAGAGUGUCAGGUCUUUUGAUGCAUCUCAAUAUUCAGAUGGACAUAGUUUCAGUUCUGAUGAGAACUUAUUCCAACUUCCUGACCUUGAAAAGAAUCUUCUGGUCAGAAGUUCUUCCCCAGGGCUUCCUAAUGAUUUGGAUCAGAAAAAUGUUGAUGAUCAGCAUGAAGAGGACAAUUGUAAGGAAGUUAGGUGCAUUGAGUUAGAAGACCUAGUUACAAACACUCGUACACACUCAAACCAAGCAGAUUCAAGAUCAAGCACAUGCACUGAUUCUAAUGCAUCAUCUCCUAGCGCAAACACAGCUCUCUCAGGAUUGAUUGUAGUUGGUAAUAGAGAGAAGGAAAAGCUAGAUUCUUGUCCAUCUGUGUUAAAGGAAGACAGGAGGUUGAACCAUUUGCACCAAGAUUUUGUUCUUCCCUCUCCAAAAGAAAUUUCUGUGUGCAUGACAGGAAACAGUACUAGUAGUUCUAGAAACUUGAAGUUGAGCUUGAGCCGAAGUAGAAGUUGUAAGGCAAGUUUCAUGAGGAAGUUAUCUUCAGAUUGGUUUGAUGAUGAAGAUGUAAUUCAGAGCACACCCCCAAUAGGGAAUGAAAGAAACUUUGCUGGAAGACCUGAGAGCGUUCUGAAGAAGAUUUGUGCACUAAAUUAUAAUGCCAAUGCAGGAAGGCAUUCAUGUAAUGGCCUUGGGAAUUCUGUGGAAAAUUCUGCUGUUGAUGAUGUACAGCAUGUAAAAUCCUAUGAGGGUAAUAGGCCCUUGGCACCAAAAGGAAAGGAAACGGAAAAUCUUGAGAACAUAAAUUUACUUGCUGACCAUAAGAUUCUGGGGACAGGAUUGGAUCCCAAAAUGUCUACAAACGAUGUCAAAGACAUUGGAUUGGACCUAAUGCAAGCUGAUGGAGAAAGUCAUUUAGACUGGCCUUCAAAAUUCAAGAGGCUGCAAAGAGAGAUCAUUGAAUUCUGGAAUGCUUGUAAUGUUUCAUUGGUUCACAGGACUUACUUUUUCCUUUUAUUCAAAGGGGAUCCAUCAGAUUCUAUUUACAUGGAGGUAGAGCUUAGAAGGCUAUCAUACCUUAAGCAAACGUUUUCCCAAGGCAAUCAGAUAGUGGAAGAUGGACGAACCCUCACACCUGAGUCAAGCAUGAGAUACCUUAGAAAAGAGAGGCAAAUGUUGAGCAAGCAAAUGCAUAAGCGGCUGUCUAAAUAUGAUAGACAGAACCUUUACUUGAAAUGGGGCCUUCGUUUGAGUUCAAAGCAUAGGAGUUUGCAAUUGGCCCAUCAAUUGUGGAGCGACACAAAUGACAUGGACCACGUUAGAGACAGUGCAUCAAUUGUUGCAAAGUUGGUUGGUUUAGUAGAGCCAGAACAAGCAUUUAAGGAGAUGUUUGGACUCAACUUUGCCCCACAACCCACAAGUAGGAAAUCUUUUAGUUGGACAGCCAGUGUAAGGCAUAUUUUGUGAGUUUGAUCGGAUUACUUUUUAGGUAGUUUGGUAUGGCCAUGUGAAAAUUCCCAGGCUCUAUAUGUAACAUAGAUAAUUCUUUUGCCCCUUAUUUUAGAAACAAAUUGAAAUCUGUUGUAUUGUAUGUUUCUCACUUUGAUUGCUAUUGAUUGUAAAGUGGUUUGUAAAGGAUGUGCAAUUCUGAGGUUCUGUUGUAGAUUGAGUCCAGGUGGAACAUUAUGAAUGGUUCAAUACGGAUUGUUAUCUGGAUUUAAAAAAUAUGUUGUUACGUGAUUUUUUGCA